AUGUUAUCCGUCGAACGAGACGCAGAAACUGACCCAGUCGAGCAGCGACCUGGAGAAAAGACCGGCAACGCUGAAUUCCGAUUUCCCAACGGAGAUUCCUACAACGGAGGGUACCGAAUCUGGCCAGAGGAGAAGGCCAAGAGCUACGGCAUUGUCCGCCAUGGAGACGGCACCUACACCACCAGCGAUGGCGACCAGUACACCGGCACCUGGGCCGAGGACACUCUGGACGGUGCGGUCACCAUCUGUUUCGUAGACGGAAGCACGUUCAGCGGGACCCUGCAAGACGGCCAGUACGCGGGACCGGGCCGCUACAGCUUCCCCGAUGGCUCCUACUUCGAAGGCACAUUCACGUGCAGCCAGAUCUCCGGCGAGGGCGUUUGGAUGGACGCCCACGGGCAGGAGUGGCGCGGCCAGUUCGCUACCGACAAGGCACUCAGCCUCAGGUUCAAACACAAUCUGUGA